GAAUACAGUGAUCGCCGUCACCAGUGACCACGGCGAACACCUUGGAGACCACGGUGAGUGGGCCAAGUCCAGUCCCUGGGAGCCCUCUGUGAAGAUCCCUUUGAUCCUAGCCGGGCCUUCUAUCCGGAAAGAUGCCAUCGAGGAGGCCCCUGUGUCCCUGAUCGAUGUGCCACGUACGCUGCUGGAUUUUGCUGGCGCAACGCCUGCACAGGCCAUGGGAGGCUACUCCCUGCUCCCGACUCUGCGUGGAUCCGGGCCGGUCGAGCGACCUGCGGUGCUCAGCGGCCUUUACAUGCCGACAUGGGAGGAUUCCGGCUGGCUCACUCUCAGUGAGUACUUUGAAACUGUCGCGGCGCUGUUCAACGGUGGGCAAUUUCUGAAGCUGGUUUGCUGCCCUCGCGGCUGCUCCAAACAGGGCACGCUGCUACCUUUCUCCAGCUGCUUGCCUGCCACGCGUAAAGAGUUCAAGACUGUUCAAGAUCUGCACAGCAGGAUGUUUGGUUUGAGUAUGUUUGAGUCUCGAGUUUAG